GCUCUAUCAAACCCUCCUUUCCUUUUCACUUCUUCUUCCUCAUAUUUAUCUGCACUAAACUCCUCUGAUUUUAUUUCUGAAAUUCAACUGCGGUUCUCUGUAGUUGCUCCUUGGGUAAAAGGUGAAAUCUUUGAAAAAAUAGUUCAUUGUUGGUUCAGUGAAUCAAUUAAUAAAAAAUGUCAUCGUUCAAGAAUGCUAUUCCUAGACGAGCUCAUAAGGAGCGAGCUCAGCCACAAGCAAGGAAAAAAUUUGGGUUGCUCGAGAAACACAAAGAUUAUGUGGUUCGGGCCACAGCAUUCCACAAAAAGGAGCUAGCUUUACAGAAACUCAAGGAAAAAGCAGCAUUUCGGAAUCCAGAUGAGUUCUACUUCAAGAUGGUUAAAGCAAAAACUGUUGGAGGAGUGCAUAGAUUGGAGAGCCAAGUAAAUAAAUACACUCAAGACGAACUCAUGCUAAUGAAGACUCAGGAUAUAGGCUAUAUUUUACAGAAAGUUCAGUCUGAGAAAAAGAAAAUUGAAAAGUUAACUGCUAUGCUGCACUGUCUUGAUGAUCAGCCAUCAAAUAGACGUAUUUACUAUGCCGAAGACAGGGAGGAGGCAGAAGAGCUAGCAUCUAAAGCUUCAGAACAUUGUAAUCUGGAUGCUUAUGGGAACUUGCCUAGUAGUAUUAGAAGGAAGACAGCGACCUCUUACCGAGAGUUGGAAGCAAGAAAGAGCAGAGUGAGAGAUCUAGAGAAACUAUACAUGGACAUGGCCAUGCAGAAAGAAUUACAGAAAUCGGGAAGGAAACGCAAACUUCGUGAAGAUGAGCUUGUUAAUCCAACAACUAAACCUGUCUACAAGUGGAGACAAGAAAGGAAACGCUGAAAAUUUCUAUGCUGUGAUGCAAGGCGGGAAGUGUUUCGAAAGUCAUAUCAAGAAUUCGAGUUAAGUGCGUAGAACAGCUGCCUAGUUGGAUUCGUAGGGUAUUGAAGCUUUACAAAUUUUUUGGUUUGCUUCCAUCAGGUGAGAUCUUAAAUGGAACUUCUGCAACAUCCAUUCGUGGAAACAAAGCUGGAUAUGGCUGUUUUAUCAUGAAUCAUAUUGUUGAAUAUCUUAAACAUUUCUGUAGAAUAUUAGGAAUAUUCAUAAUUCCAUUUGAUGCUUCAGAGGCUCUAGCUGUGUAAUGACAAUUGAAUGUGUGAAUGAACUUCUUUCACAUUGAAGGCCUUUGCUUUUGGAAA